AUUCCAACGUCCGAAUGCGGUAUUCGAAUUUUCGACAGCGGCACAGGCGAGGAACGUUCUAAUCAUUCUAUAGAAGAACGUUCUAGUUAUUCUAUAGAAGAACGUAAGACUCAUUCUAUAUAACGUUCGAAUCAUCGUUCUAUAGAAGAACGUUCGAAUCAUUCCACAGGAUCAUUCUACAGAAGUCCACGGGAAACAGGUCUAAGAGCAGCACCGUGGGAAUACCGUAAAAUACGGGCCGGUCCUGAACAUUCGUAUCAAAUGUUAUCACGGUCCGGGUAUGACACCAAUGUCAGUAUACAGCAAUAUAGCUGAUACCCCGCCGAGAAUUGGGAUAUCUGUAACUUGUAAUUACAUGCGGAUUGGGCACAUCAUGAGAGCUACGGUAUAGUGACCUGCGGGUCAGAUCUGUGAGAACGAUCAUGGAAAUUUCUUCCUGAAAACUUCUGACAACUGAAGAAUGUAAUUUCACUUGGUCGCUGAGGUUUGUUGCAACGAAACUUUCACCUGACGACAAUAGUUUGUCUGGAGUCACCUGUUGGUAAGGUGUUGUGGUACCCACCUUCAAAGGAAGCGCCGUUCGCAGGUGAGUCAUUGUCGUGCGGUCACUUCAAACACUGGAAACAACUUCCAAGGAUAUACAGCACGUCUGGGACAUAACACUUUGGAUGUUUGCGAUCCUCAAGACCUUUCACAAGACGACUCAAGAAUGCGCCAAGAGACAGGACGCCAAGCAAAAUCGUCCUGAAGAAACGACAAAAAUAGUACUCAAAGCUUAGAAAUUCCAACCACUGCAGUUGUUAUUAGAUGUGAAUUUGCGUUCAAGUGUCCCACUGAACAAAACUUUCAAAGUUAGAAUCUAGGAAAACUUACAGAGCAGAGACAACAUGUUUUCGAGAACGUCGGACCGGGGCCAGCCAACCGGGCCGGCGGGGAUAGAGGGCAGGUCCUCCCGCAGCGACGCCAGGGUCGCCACGGUACUCAACCGCUUCGGUCAGAAGUCGUACCUGGAGACGCCCAACAAGCUAUAUCCGCACAGAGAAUCGCCGAGCCCGUACCGUGACUACCUCGCCGUCCCCUCGCCGCUCCCCGCGACCCUGCCCGAAGACGACCCGGAGGAAGCUCCCGGUAAGCCCGUCCCGACAGGGAGACGCAGCGAGGCGCAGCGCCGGCAGACCUUGUUCCGCCUCCUACUGAGCUCCGCGCAGGGAUCGACAGAAGAAGAGAGCGACAUGCUGAAGAAACACCUGACCUGGGCCACCGGCCUGAGCCUGAAGGCGUCGGAGGAGUCCAAGCUGCUCCGGAGCGACUCCGGUGUCACUCCGGAGGAGACGAUGCUGAAACUCCGGAGGCUGUCACUAAGGAGAAGGCGCCAGUCACUGAUGUCAAGCCGUACGUCAACUCUUAGACAGAGCACCCACUCACGGAUACAGACUCCGGAGCAGAUCCGGAGACGCUGGAGAAAGGCAGUCCGAGCGGUGCAGCUCGUGCUUGUAGCGACUAGAGCACGUAAAGAGUACAUGGAGAGGAUGAGCAACCGGCUGAAGUCGUUUGCGGAGCUACAGGCCGAGAUCGCACUGAACGCCAAGGUCACCGGACCCGGUCAAGGUGAAAAUGGCCGACCGGAUCUGUCCUUUGACCCCAGCAUCUUCAAGGCUAACCGUGUGCUGGAACUGCCCCAAGACGUACAGGACACCCUCAAGACAAACCCGGCCUACAGGAAACCGGAGCAGAUUUCCAAGGCCUUGCGCGCCCUGUGCGUGGCGUCGGCGGCCUUCUCACAGCUUCCACUGCACAUGCGCGAGCAGCUGGUGAAGGUGGGCUGGUAUGACAGUUUCGAGACGAACAGGAUCAUCGUCCGCGAGGGCCAUGACCCCACCAGCGUGUACUUCAUCCUGAACGGCAAGGCGACGUCCACACGGGUGGAGACAGACCUGGUCACCGGGAAGCCUUACGUCCGGACCAUGGGGUUUCUCAAGGCGGACAGCUACUUUGGUGACCAUGCCAUUCUGCAGGGGGUGCCACACAACCAGACGAUCGUCUGUAGUGAGAGAGUUUACCUCAUAGCGGUGGAGAAAGAGCAAUUUAUCGAGUCAGUGAUGGACAAGAAGUCUGACCGGGAGCCGAAGCACAUCACGUUUCUGCGCUCCGUCUACAGUUUGCAGGACUGGCCCAUGGGGGCGCUGCCGCACGGGGAUCACAGCGUCUGGUACUACAAGCACUUCAGGAAAGGACAAGUGAUGUGUCCGGAUAGCAGUGAGUCUGAGUGGGUCUACGUCAUCAAAUCGGGUAAAUGUAAGGUUCUGAAGAAGGCCCUUCUGAGCAGGAAGCUGAACACGCGACAGGCCAGCCUCUGGGUCAGUGCAGCGCGCCCCCUACCGUCCAUCCCCAGUACUGCAGGGAGGAACGCUCUCAGGAAUCACGAAGGUCCGCUUUACCGCCGACCGUCCACAGUGCCUCACCACUGCGAGGCCUCAUCACACCUCAUCCCGCCCAAAACCGCUCCGCCCAAAACUUCGCCCUCCGACGUCUCCUCCCCGAGAGCGUUCGUGACGGACCUGGCACGUACCACUGUGGGCAGGAGGGGGUGGCAGAAUAGACUACGGCAGAGAGAGACGGGAGAGCAAAUCUCAGGCCCAAGGAUUACUGUGACAGAUGAGGCGGUCCACUCCCACAGAAACCUGAUCCAAGAGGAGACAGACCGUUUCCAUAGCAACAGGAGGAGGAGCCAGGAGGAGGAGGAGGACCAUGAUGCUUUGUUCCUCCACAUCCAGAGUCUGGGAGAGAAGGACAUCUUCGGCCUGACCAGCAUCAUGCACGAGGAGACCUCGGGCUUCAGCCUGGUGUCCGAGGGCUGCGAGUGUGUCGUCAUCGCCAAGGACUUCUUCCGCGAUCACGUGACAGAGGAGCUCAAAAGGAGGCUCAGAAUUACACUUCGCCCACCCCCGACAGAUGAUGACAUCAUGCGGGUUUUACACGAACAGCACGCCUGGGAACGCUACAAGGCUGACUGCAGUGCCGUUGCCGCCCGCCAGGUGUCUCCCCUGAGACUGGUCACCCGACCACAAUCAACAUAGAAUAUAUUCUCAGCAAAAGCAACAUUCCAAAUCAAUAUUAUGACAUAGUCUUUCAUGUAAUUCAACAACAAAAAAACAUUUUGCAAAAAAUUUUAAAGUAGUACAUGUAAAUAUGAUGGUUAUAACACUACUUCACCUUUAGUCGCGGGGUAACCUAUACCCGUUGUUUUAAAAAACAUCAUGUCAUUAACAUGUCAACAAACGGAUUCAUAUUAUACCUAAAUACUCUGUUUUAUAAAUGGAUAUAGCCAUGUAGGUUUCAGAACUAUCAGAACUAGCGUUAAGUGUCCAAACGAUAAAAAACAUCUCUAGCAUAUAGCAAUGAGAUAAUACACUGGGAAAACGUAACUUGUCUGUUUGUAGCAUUACAGAAAUGUAAGGGAUACUUCUGUGCAAUAACAUUUGUCUUAUUUACAUAUACAAUGUACAAAUGUAAAAAAUAAUAACUAAAAUGAU